AGGCCACCCAUUAGAAAAUGUGUCGCACCAGACUUCCUUCAGAAGUUCAUGUCACACCAAACUUCCUUGAGAAGUUGGAUCAUAAUCAGAGCAUCUGAGUGACUCACAGAAGUCUCCGAAUGCAAGGAAGGCGCCAAAAGCAUGUCACUCUUCUUCUCCUAGCAUUUAGGCAAUGAGGACCAUCCUACCGUCUUUCACAUCUUCAAUACUUCAAUUUUUCUUCUAUCCUCCACAGUCCACACUCAAAAAAGCUCAUAACUUCUUCAUGGAUUCCUCACGGUAAUCACAAACCCAUCCCUCUCUCUCUUUGUUCCUCUCUUCUUCUUCAGGUAGGUUCCAUAAAGACGAUUCCUUUCUUCAAAAAGCUCCAAUCUUUAAACCACCCAGAACGCCAAUCGGAGUCUUCCUCUGAAAUUCUCGGAUUCAGUUAUCUUUCCGAUUCUGAAAACCCAAGAAUUCGAUUUGGGGGAUUUCUUCUCCGAUUGUAAAAAUGGAAGCUUCGGGUUUCAAUGGCGCUGCGAACUUCAACGACGAACAGGGCUUGACGGUUCUGCUCGACGCCUUCGGCCCUUCGUUUACGAUCGAAGAAAUCGCUUAUGCUUAUUGCAAGGCCGGGAAGAACGCCGAGGCCGCCGCCGAGUCUCUCGCGCUCUCCGCCGGCGAAGACUCGUCGGGAGGAGUUGUGAUCGAGAAGAAGAACAACAACAACAACAAAACGACGUCGGAUAAUUCAAAGGGUUCGAAGAAGAAGAAGAAGAAGAAGUACCGGCCGGUUUCAAUUGGGAGUGUGUCGGAUGUUAUGGGGAAGCAGUAUGUGAACAGAACGACGACGUCGCGUUGUAAUGGAGGUGAGGCGGACACGAAGCCCAAGGUGUUGCCGAUGCCGGAGAGUUGGGCGGAAAAGGCGGAGUCUUGUUCGUCUGGGGAUGGUGUGCUUCAUCAGGACAUGGAGGACUUUCUGUUCACAAUGCUUGGAGAUGGGUACAAACUCGAUAGGGAUUUGAUUCGAGAUGUCCUUGAUAGCUGUGGAUAUGAUAUGGAGAAGAGCAUGAAAAAUCUAUUUAGUUUGUCAACAUCAGCCUCGGAUGAAAUAAAUGAAGUCCUCGGUAACUCCAAUGAUAAGUCUGCAGGCUCAUGUCUGACAUUGGAAGAACCUUCACAGGGAGAGCACAUAAAUUCUACUGAAGGUAAUGUCGAUAGGGCUGUAAAUACAUAUGGAAUAGAAUCGAAUGUAGAAGAAAAGGAGAGAUUUGAUCUACAUAAGGAACUUUUGGGUGCUCUCUUCAAAACUCCUGAUAGACUUGAGGUGCCAGAGCUACCAACAAAAAGAAUAGUAAGACCAACGAGGGGUGCAAACUACGGUAAUUUGGUGCUGGAACCUCCAAAAGAUUCGUUUUCAGAUCGCAAGACACCUGUGGUCUAUCAACAGCAUCAUACUGAGGAUGAUGCAGAUGAGGAAGAUAGGUACCAGGUUCUUCGAAAAAGUGUUAAAGAGUAUCGGAGUACAACGAAAGAGUAUUACCAGGCAGCUGUAGACGCAUUUUCCAAGGGAGAUCGUGUUCGAGCAGACAAACUUAUGGAACAGGGACAUUUUUUCCAGAAAAAGGCACGUGAUGCGGAUGAGGAGUCAAAUCUAAUGAUCUUUAAACCUGGAAAAGCUGAGACACAAGGGGAUAUAGUGCUUGACUUGCAGGAUGGUGGUGCCAAGGAGGCGAUACGUCUUUUGAAGUGUCAUAUUUCUUCAUUUGCUGGUAUCCCAUCAAUCAAGCAUCUUAAGGUCAUUAUUGAUACAAAGGAGGGAGAUGCCAAGAAAGGAUCCCGGAGAAGAUUAGCAGUUUUGAGGCUUCUGGAGGAAGAAUCGAUCAAGUGGGUUGAAGCAGAAAAUUCUGGGACACUACUAAUUCACUUGGACAGUAUUAACCCAAAGAAGUUAUCUUUCCUAAAAAAGUAGUGACACAUGGACCAUCAAAAUAGAUGGUGACGAAAAAGAAAGGUGAAGAGUGGGUACUUUUGCUUCUGAUAGAAUGAAGCCUUGUAGAAGGAAAGGAAUUGAGAUGACUUCACAUUUGAGGCUUAUUUUUAUGUUUUUGUUUCUGAUAGAAAAAUGAAGCCUUGUAGAAGGAAAGGAAUUGAGAUGGAAUUCACAUUUGAGGCUUAUUUUUUUAGUGUUUUUAGCAUGAUCCAUUUGACAUUACAUUAUUGAUUCAA